GCUUUAGUCAAUGCUUGGAUGUUAAGUUGUAUUCUAAUAAAUCGUGUUGACCAUGAGAAGCAAAUUAAAGAUUUUAUUUUUUAUUAGUAUAGUGUACCCGUCUCUUCAGCAUGCCAUAAAAGCAGGUGGCAUUUACAGUGGUGCAUACAGUUCUUCAUCAUUGGCAUCCCAAUCCUCCUCUUAUAGUAGUUCAUUCUCAGGAAGUUUUGGAGGAACAAACAUAAAUGAUAUUGGAGAAACGAUAAAAGGUGGUCCUUAUUCAAGAGGAUCCGGAACUUAUGGAGCUGCCGCAGGUGCAUAUGCAGGUGCAUCAAGUGCUGCGGGUACGGCAGCUGCCGUAGCUGGGACAGGAGCUGGAAUAUCUAGUGGAUGUAGUAGUGGAAAAUGUCACUCAGGAAGUGUAUCAGCGAUUAAAAAAGAGGCAGGAUCAUAUAAUUCAGCAAAUCACGAUGAAGGUCAGAGCGAAGGUAAUUUUGGAACUUUAAAUAAUAACCUCGUUAAAGGAGCAUAUUCCAGAUCUGAUUCUGGUGUUGCAAAUAAUGUAAAUGGAAAAUAUUCAGGCUCUAAUGGUCUUUCAAAACUGGGAUGCUGUCAAGGUCCUUUUCCAGGACCAAACAAAGGUAUUUACGAUAGUAAACCAGCUUACUCUGUUCCUGCUAUUAAACCUGAAGGAUAUGCUCCUAAUCCAACAUAUGCAACACAUCAAACAAGUCAUCCAACUGUGGUAAAACCAGACUUAAGUGGCGGUUAUUAUGCUAGCAAACCAGUUACACCUACAGCUGCUUCUUCACCAUCAUGUGGACCUAAAGGCUGUGGUUCAGGUGGUUCAACAUACCAACCAAUACAUUCUAGCAACGGUUCUGGUCCAAGUAAUAAACCAGUUAUACCUGUAGGAGCAUCUACACCAUCGAAUGGUCCACCCUGUGGGUCCAAAGGCUGUAACUUAGGUAGCUCAACGUAUCAACAUGUAAAUCCCACAAAUUUACCAGGUUCAAGUGGAGGAAUUUAUGCUAGUAAACCAGCUACGCCAGUUACGAUAUCCAGCGGUCCAUCAUGUGGUUCCAAAGGUUGUGGAUCAGAAGGUGCAUACCAACCAGUAAAUCCCAGUGAUUCACAAGGUUUAUACCAAUCUGUGAAUCCUAGCAACCUAUCAGGUGGCGGGAUUUAUGCCAGUAAACCAGUUACACCAGUAGGAGGAUCAAAUAGCCCAUCAUGUGGAUCUAAAGGCUGUGGUUCAGGUGAUUCAACAUACCAACCAAUACCACCUAUCAACCUACCAGGUUCCAGUGGAGGUAUAUACGCAAGUAAACCAGUUGCACGCAUAGCAAAUAGUCCUUCCUGUGGAUCAGGAUCUAAAGCAUGUGCAUCGACAGGAACAGGUCCACAAUAUCAACCAACUAUUCCAAACCACUUUCCAGGUGCAAGUGGAGGCAUUUAUUCAAGUAAACCAGUUAGUGGACCCCAAAUAUCCCUCGAUAAACAUGAAGGACAUAAAGUAAUAAAAAUUCACUUUACCGUUGGCCAAUUCCCUGGACCAAGUGGUGGUAUUUACCAUAGUAAGCCAGCCUCGUCUGUAGUCUGGAAUAAUGGUAAACCUAUUUCCAAUGCCGGUGGAAAUUAUGGAAUUGCUUCAGGAUCCUACACUAAUACAAAUUCUGGUGCUGCAUAUGGAAGUGUUAUGGGGGCUACAUAUAAUCAAAAACCGUUGCCUAAUAAACCAGAAGAAAUAGAUAAUAAACCAUAUAAUCCUACCCAUGGAGUACCAGUACCAGUACCAGGCCCCAUAAUACCUCAAACUAACAACCAACCCAAUCCCAACUAUGUGUUUAAACCAGAAUCUGCCCAUACAAAGAUUCCAGUAGUUCCUGGUACAUCAACGGAAGCAAUUCCAGUAAACAAUUUACUGCCUGUUGCGCCAGCCCAACCAGAUACUUCGAGUGGAGCAUACGAAAGUGAUUUUUCUACACUUUGCAAAUACAUUCCUCCAGGUGCUUCACCUGGUGCCAGUUGUGACCUUACGAAGGUAUCUGGUGGUACAGUUGUUAUUGGAGGAGGACUUCAUGAAGGACAACCUGGUCCAUCGCCUACUGAAGGGUUAAUAGAAGGCAAACCUGCUGUACCAGUUUCAUCGGGUAGCGUAGAUAUUCAAACACAACCCGGUUUAUCUUGUGCUUAUGGAUCCAAAGAUUGUGGUUCAACUAGUGAAGGAUUAAUUGAGGGUGCACCUGGUUCUUCAAUCUCACAAGUUCAAGACGUACCCAGAAAUCCUUCAGGAGGUUAUGCCACAGGAAGUGUGGAAAUUCAAAAACAACCAGGAGGGACAUAUAAUCCAAUUAAUUUAAAUGAAAGAAAACCUGGGCCACCAACUUCAAUUUUACCUUGUACUGUGGGUUCCAAAGGAUGCGGUUCUGGAGGAUUAAUAGAAGGAACUCCAGGCGCCCCAAUUCCUGGUAUUCACGACGUUCAGAUUCCUUCAGGUGGAGGUUAUGCCACUGGUAGUGUAGAAAUUCAAAAACAACCAGGACAAGCAUACAGUCCUGUUAAGAGUUCAGAUGAUACCAUUGUUUACCAGAAUAAAGAUAUAAGCGGCUAUUAUCCUCAAGAUGGACCAGGCGUGCCUAAUGCUCCACAUGGAACUGAAGUGGUAUUUGAAGUUCCAUCGACUCAAACUAUUCCAUCAGCAAACACUGGUGGUAAAGGUAAUGUUAUUGUUCAUGAAGAUGGGUCUAUAUCAUUUUCGAAUGAAGCAUCUGAGGCUGGGUCUAUAAAUGUACAAAAAACAAUCGGCUCAGGCAACACCGGAGGAUCUUAUAAUAGCGAUGGUGGUUCUUUGUACGGUGGUUAUGGAGGAGGUUAUGCCAGUUCCGGUGCAGAUUUAACAGGAUCUUCAAAUAUAAAUAAAGCAAUUGUUAACACCAUUCAUAAAGGAGGUUACGGUGCAGGUGGUUUCGGCAUUUCUGGUGUUAGUUCCGAAAAUGGAGGAGGUGGAGUUUACUCUAGUGGUCCUGGUUUUGCAACUGGUUCAGUUGUGAUUACCAAACCAGGUGGUUCUUAUAGUUAUGGAGAAAGAGGUUAUGCUGGAGGUUAUGAGGGAUCCUUUGGAGGAACCGGUUGCUCAGGAAAUUGUGCUGGUGGUCACCACGAUCAUGUUAAAGCGGUAUCUGGGUUUUUAAAUAACUUGUUUGGAAACAUUGGUGGAUUUGGACAGUCAGGGUCAUACGCCAAGAAUGGUGCCUAUAGUUCCAGUUUUUCAAGUGCCAGCUCCAAUUCUAAUUCGUAUUCCGGAUCUGGACAUUAUAUUAAGAUUUAAGUGAUAUUUUAAAUUUAAUAUAUUUUGUAUGUAAUUUUUAUUUAAUAAAUAUAUUUAAACACUUA